UUUCCGUGGCAUCCAUCGGACGAUCUUGCCCCUAGCGCCCGCUGGCUGGCCUCACGGUGUGGACAUGGCCGCUGCCUCCGACCCCGUCGAGUUGGGUGGCCCUUGGGGUCCCGCCUGCCCAGAGCCCCCUCCCAUUCGCUUCCACCGGGUUCACGGAGCCAACAUCCGCGUGGACCCAUCGGGAACGCGGGCCACGCGCGUGGAGAGCUUCGCCCACGGGGUGUGCUUCAGUCGUGAGCCGCUGGCCCCUGGCCAGGUAUUCCUGGUGGAGAUCGAGGAGAAGGAGCUGGGCUGGUGUGGGCAUCUGCGCCUGGGCCUGACCGCGCUGGACCCUGCCAGUCUGGCCGCCGUGCCUGAGUUUUCACUGCCGGACCUGGUGAGCCUCGGCCACACCUGGGUCUUCGCCAUCACUCGCCACCACAACCGAGUGCCCCGCGAGGGCCAGCCCGACGCAGAGGUCGUGGCCCCCAGCCGACCACCGGCCCUCUUGGUGGAACCCUAUCUGUGCAUUGAGCAGUUCCGAAUCCCCCGGGACCGGCUGGUGGGUCGCAGCAGGCCGGGACUCUAUAGUCAUCUCUUGGACCAACUUUAUGAGUUGAACGUGUUGCCUCCCACCGCGCGCCGUAGCCGCCUGGGCGUGCUUUUCUGCCCGCGUGGGGACGGUACCGCCGACAUGCAUAUCAUCAUCAAUGGAGAGGACAUGGGUCCCAGUGCCAGGGGGCUGCCUUCUGCUCGGCCCCUCUAUGCGGUGGUAGACGUGUUUGCCUCCACCAAGAGUGUACGCCUGGUCCAACUGGAGUAUGGCUUGCCGUCCCUGCAGACUCUGUGCCGGCUAGUGAUCCAGAGGAGCGUGGUGCACCGGCUGGCCAUUGAUGGGCUCCGCCUGCCCAGAGGACUUAAGGAUUUCUGCAAGUAUGAGUAAAAGCCUGUGGCCACUAGAGCUGGGUCACAGAAAUGACCCAGGCCUUGAAGCGGCCAGUCUGAAGUUUGCUAUGUGGGCUGUGAACCAGGCCCAGAAAUAAACACAGCCGAAGCUGA